UGUUUUCUGCAUGGUCUGCCGUCGAGUCGAGUCUUCGGUACGGCGUCGUGCAUCUCGAUUUCUCGAUUGCUACCGCAUGCAAAGUGGAGAAAAAUGUCUUGCCAUGUGGGCCAGGCUGUCAACUUCCCUGAAUCACGGUACGCGAGGUACGGCCUGAAACGAGUGGUCCUCGCCUUUUGUCACGGUUCGGUCUUGAGAGUGAGCUCUACUUUCUAAAUGGGAACUCGCGUCAGCUUCUCGCAGCGCACCAACCGGAUGUGGUACGCCCUCGAAACUCCUUUCUGUUAUUUUUCUUUGGCUAAUCGGGGGACGCGGUGACUGGUUCGAGUAGUCCGUUCUGCUUUGAAUGCGUUCCCUGGCAUUCUGUUCUGAAAAAUAUCCUGUAGAAUCGGCGUCACAUCCUUCAGGGCGCUACGGGAGUCGAAUCCUCCGUUGGCGCUUCGCCCGUAGGUUGCGGUUUUAUGUUCAUGGCACCUGGAGAACUGUCCGCCAUACUCUCCAUGCUGUGUUCUUUCAUCGAGAUUAACGCACUUCUCCUGGUGCCCUUUCCCACUCCUACGUUUUUCUCGACUCUCUCCUCGCUGCCCUUCCGCCGGCUUGUUUCCCUUCGCCCUACUGGCUCCGUUCUUCUCUCAAGGCUGCCUGUCUUCAGUUUUCCUCGCUCUUCCACUUUUCGUCUGUCUCGCGCUUCUCUCCAUUCACCCUGUCUCGGUCGCUUUUCUCCGCUUUCCGCCGACUACAAAACACAGCAGCCGGCUGGUGACUGCCUGCGGGGACGGGGGACUGAGCGAGCACAGCUUUUGACUGUUUACUGCCGCUAGCAGUGUUUCGGAUUUCAACCGCCUACGACUUUAAGGUUCCUCCCCACCCAUUAUGUUGUAUGCGUAAUAUGUAGGUGACUUCCACCGCUCGAAUUAACAGAGAGAGAUGACAAGUCGUCAACGGUGACUUCAUUUUCCGCGACUGCUGUCCAGGGGUCCCGCGCGUUUUGCCCCCAACUGGGAUACGGCAUUUCGACCGUCGGAAACCAGUCUCGGAUCGCCUUUUCUUAAAUUUUCACUCUCCUGGUUCUUGUCGCAGUCUCACGGAAAACGUAUCGCAGACAGAGGUUCAGUUUCUUCGGCGGAGAAGACUUGCGGUCUAGACCGAGUGUUCGUGAGGUUCGCCACCUCUUCACUGCGCAGGCCGCUUGCCAAGUGUAUGUACAGAGCUGACGCGAGAAUGGCGGAGGCAGGUUCAGAGUUCUGGGCCAAUCUCUUGGCUGGUGGGUGCACAGGGCUUUUUGUGGAUGCAGUCCUUUUUCCACUGGACGUGUUCAAGACCCGGAAACAGGCUGAGACGACAUCUUGCCGGAGGCAACCUCCCGCCCCUCCGUCCUCUCAGCCUCAUGCAGCCGCUCCCUCGGUGCAAGCACCUCAGAUUCACGCAGAACGCUCUCCAGUUCCGGAGGCGAAGACAAGUCGUCAGCACACGAGCGAUUAUCGUCACACAUCAACAUAUUCGGUUUCUUCACCUUCUUCGGGAGUGGGAUCAUCAGGUAAAUCGGCGGGCGCGGUGAGUAUGGAGGCACGUGAGAGGUCGGGGCCGUCUGCUUGCUCUUCCGUUUCUCGCGUCGAUUCAGGAGCUUCUGCGCUAAGUCCGCGAAUUCCAUCAGGCAAGAACAAGGGGAGUUUCGGUUCUGCGGGAGCGCCUGUGGCUGCCGUGUCGCGCGCGUCACUCCCAGCGCCUAGUCCAUCGGGAGUACGUACAGCUCUGGAUGGGGUGACGCAGGUAGGAAACGCGAAUCGCGGGAUGCCUGGAGGCCAGGAGCGAUUCGGAUUUCUGGGUACUAUCGCGCGACGCUACUACCCAGGCUUCGGCGCCCUUGCGGCGGGGGCGUUUCCGUCUUCCGCGCUCUUCUUCGUUACUUAUGAAGGAUCGAAGCAACUUCUAGCUCAGCAGGAAGUUGGCCGGCAGCUCAGCCCCGCUGUCACGUACGGUCUGUGCAGCACGCUCGCGGAGUUCGCCUCUUGCUGUGUCAGAACCCCGUUUGAGAUGCUCAAGCAACAGAUGCAGCUGGGAAUGCAUGCGACGACGACGCGAGCAAUUCACGCGAUCUGGCAGCGAGAUGGGUGGCGGGGCUUCUUUGUCGGCUUCAACGCGACGAUUGUCAGAGACCUGCCCUUUGUCGGCGUGGAAAUGGGCCUCUGGGAAUAUCUGAAAAAGUAUUUCUGCUCGUUUCCUGGUGUUUCCGAAAGCGUUGUCCUAACUUCAUUCUCGUCAGGCUUCGCAGGCUUCCUUGCAGGCGCCGGAGCCGCUGUUGCUACAACGCCGCUGGAUGUCGUGAAGACGCGUCUCAUGACUCAGCAGGAGGGCCGGUACCAGUAUCGAGGAUAUUUCGACUGCUUUUCGACAAUUCUGCAGCGGGAAGGCUACGCCGCACUUUUCCGUGGUUUGAAGAUUCGCGUAAUUUGGGUCGCCCUUGGAGGUGCUCUUUUUCUCGGCGGUUACGACGGUUUCAAGGCCCUCUACUUGCGGGUUCUUCCGGGGGGUUUGAACGAGUCACGGUGCGGCGCAUGCAGUGCAGUGAAAAACGGGGACGGUGGUGCCAGUAACAACGAGCCGCUUAACACAGACGAAAAGAUUCUCGUUUCUACUGUAGCAGCUGAAACCCAGGAGUAACGAUUCUGCCUGGACAGACUGGCCCAGGAACAUAGAAGAAACGUGGUGUAAAACAGGGGCGUCCGGAGGGAUCAGUGGCGGGGGAGUAUAUGACUGCAAGUCACUGGAAAUAGGGAAUGUGUGCCGCCACUUCUGUCGGCGCACUCUGCAAUAAAACCUAUUUGUAGGAGAGGGUCGCAAGCAGGUGAACACCACGAUGUUUGUACAGCUCGUAUGCCAAUGCUGAUUUCUCAAAUAUACGCCGGACAUCACUAUACUCAAUGCACUGGGGGACCUGCAAGAUGAAAAGCAGGACUCCAGCUCUUAACAGAGAGGGUGGGCAUAGACUUUUCACGGCGGCUCAACACAGGCAGGGACGUGGAAUUGGGCUUCGUUACGCCAAGAAAUUGCAUGGUUGUCAACUGACUUAACAGUCGACGAUUGCGAGGCGUCCAGCUGGACGCCUCGCGACCACUGACACUGACAGUUCCGUCCGGUGCAUGGUCAACGGUCUCUGUGCGCAGCGAGAAAUACCAUGACAGUGGUGCAACUCGUUUUCAAACGACCG